AUGCGGAGUUGUGAAAGCGAGGAAGCGUCGUUCGACUUGGCGUUGCUGGGCAUUCAGACGGUGUUGUUACGAUUUGACUGGCGGGAUGUGGACGGGGAUACGCCCGUAAUGUUGGUUCCGUUAUCCUCGAUUAAGGCUUGCAAGCCAGGGGUGAACCCGAAAGCGCUGGUCGGAGCGUGCUUAUCAACGGAGGCACUGAUGAGCCGAGUGAGGAGCACAGUGUUUACAGAAAAGCAGAAACAUAAAGUACGAGACAAUACCCCUAGCACAUAUCGUGAGGGAAUGGAGGAAGAGACCCAGCUUCGCGAGAACCAGCUUCUUCGCGAUGGGUUGGAAAGAAUCCCGUUGCGCGUGCUAACUGCCUUAGACAGAAAUCGAGUUGCUUGGUACUCAAACCACACCCACCCUUUCAAAGCACACUCGAAGACGGCCCUAGACUCGACAGACCACCUCGGUAAAGGCUAUAUAUCCAGCCUCUACGCCGAUGACCAGGCAUUCCUUGGACUCAUUGCCCAGCCUCACUUACUCGCUGGACAUCGAGCCUCGAACCCUGUCGGAAACACGAACACCGCGAUGGGCUCCACAUCCAAGACCAGUAUCGUGGGCAGACAAGAUACGACCGUGCCCGAGUUCACGAUCGAUAUGAACCCCGUACACACGACCGCUCCGAUGACGAGCAUGCAGUUGGACGGCGAGUUCAGGGGGCGGUUCGCUGUCAAUGGCUGGACAACCGAAAUCCAGACCGGGCCUUGGAUGUCUCUCACUGACGCACUCUCCGCCAUACGGCACAUCCCUGUUCCAACCACUCAAGAACCAUCACCGUCUCAAGUAGAGUUCCUGCCUAUUGCUCAAUUUGACGGACUGACCCUGACCCCUAAAAACAACUCCCACUUUUCAGCAGACUAA